GACGAAAAGCCCAAAAUCUAAAAUUGAAAAAAAUCGAAGAAGUACGUGCUUCUCCAAGCAUAAAGGAUUAAUUUUUAUUUUUAAUUUCAAUCACUCCUCUUUUCUUCCACGCAAACCCAAUUCUCUUCAUCUUCUUCUUCUUCUUCUUUUCCUUUUUUUCUUGUCUUUCCCCUAAAUCGUUAACCUUUCGUCGAUCAAAUUCGCUCUUGUCUUUUCAACUUCCUUCUUCUUACAUAGCCCCGCCGCCUAAUUGAAUUCACCCUUCUUUAAAGCUUUCGGCUUUUUAAAAGGCAAAUAACUUGGUAGCUGCUUUACAGUCACGGGGGCUUUCUUCUAAUUGCUGUUCCUUUCGUGGGUCGCUGGUAAGUUUUGAUCUUUUUCAUUCGUUUUCAUAGAUAAAGUUUUAAUUUUUUUUUUUUGAAUAAUCGCACAGUGAUUUUGAGGGGAAUCACUUGGUGGGUUUAGAGGAGUUUGAUCAUCCGCUGUUAGCUUAUGAUGGGAAUUGGGUUUCUAAUUUCGUCAAGACUCGCUCCUGAUUAAGUCGCUUUUGAAAUUAGAUAAACCCUUGUUCUAUUGGGAAGCAAUUCACCGUUUUUUUCACUUAGUCGGUUUAAGGGAAUUGAGUUUGAUCAUGGCAUAUUGUUUGUGACAAGGUUGCGUGAACCUUGUUUCGGUCUCUCAAUUGAGUAUAGAUUACUAUCCAUACGAUAUGUUUAGUGUUUUCUCAUGUUGCAAUGUUAAGGGUGCUGAUAUUAUCUCUUAUUGGUGAGAACGGAGUUGUGUUUGCUUUCUCUGUACCACUAGUUGUCAUCAGAAGGCUGAGCAUUUUGUGCAUUGUCCCUAGAUUCUGUUAGUGGGAGAAUGUUUUUGUUGAAUAAGGAAUGAAAUGUUUGAAUCGAAUUAGUCAUUUGAGUGUCAAGCAAAAGUAUAGGUGGGUCUUGUUUAUAUCUAUCAUGGUGGGAACCAAUUAUAGAAACAUGUAUUUACCAGGUUGAGCCACAAGUUCCGCAUCCGUCAUUAGUGAUUUGCAUUCUAGAUAGUUUGUGUUUUUUUCAAAUGUUUGAUGCAGGAUUUGUUGCUGGAUUCUUGUUACACUUCAGAAAUUUCCAGGUGGUAAGUGGGGAAUGGACUGGCUGUUUUGUCCAAGCGUCCGUGUUUACAAAUGAUGAGCAGUGGGCAAAAGGGUCCAAAUGUGUUCAACUUUUUUAAAUGGCAACGUGGUGAAUCAUCAUCGUCUUUGACUACUGGAUUACUUCAUCAUGAGUCCCACGAGAUUGAGCUAUCUAACUAUGGAGGAAUACCAAGUCCUGGUAGUGAGAGCCCGUCGGGACUUCUUAAUGGAGAGAGUUUAAAUGUUCAACCAAUUGCAGAUUUGGAUCUUUUUGUUGAAAGGCUCUACAGCUACUAUAGAGACAAAGGCCUUUGGUGUAUUAUCGUAAAGUGGGCUGUUGAGCUUCUAAGUCUGGGCUUCAUCAUAUGCUUCUCUGGGUUCUUCUUGUUGUAUGUUGAUUGGAAUGGCCUUCAGAAUGCAAAAUGUGGAAUGGAUGCAGUUGAAUCAGGAACUAAGCCAUGUGAUCUUGUAAAAGAAGCUAUCCAUCCCCAUCCUUUAUCCCCUUUCACGCUCACAACUGCUAUAAUUGUUGGAUACUUGGCCCUCUUCUCUGUGUACUGGCUCUUCUGCUUCUUAAGGUUUUUUGCCCAAUUUAAAGAUACUUUGGACUUCCGACACUUUUAUUACAACAAUCUCCAUGUCACAGACAAUGAAAUCCUUACUAUGCCAUGGGCAACAGUCCUUGAGAAGGUUGUUCAGUUACAAAGCUCACAACGCCUUUGUGUGGUUAAGGAUCUUUCAGCUCAUGAUAUGGUUAUGCGUCUUAUGCGAAAAGAAAACUACUUGAUUGGAAUGCUCAACAAAGGUUUGCUUUCUUUCCCAAUUUCCCAUUGGAUCCCUGGUGCUGGUCCAGCAGUCAAAUCUGCACCAGAUGGGACACAGUAUUACCUUGUAUUGACAAAGACCCUUGAGUGGACCCUUAACUGGUGCAUAUUGCAGAGCAUGUUUGACUGCAACUUUCGUGUUAAAAGGGACUUUGUUUCAAAUCCUACUACAUUGAAGAAACGGCUAUUUGUGGUUGGGCUUGCUAUGCUUCUGCUGUCACCAUUUCUUGUCAUCUUUAUGUUGGUGUAUCUAUUCCUAAGGCAUGCUGAACAGUUUUACAAUCAUCCAAGUACUGCAUCUUCUCGAAGAUGGUCCAAUAUGUCAAAGUGGCUCUUCAGGGAAUUCAAUGAGGUUGACCAUUUAUUCAAGCAUCGGAUUAAUAGCAGUGUAGUACACGCAUCUGAAUAUCUAAAACAAUUCCCCUCACCUAUCAUCUCAAUAAUUGCAAAGUUCGUCUCUUUUGUUUCUGGCGGCUUUGCUGCUGUUUUGAUCAUCAUUGCGUUUCUUGAAGAAUCUCUUCUAGAGGGCCAUAUAUUCGGCCGCAAUCUGUUUUGGUAUGCUGCUGUUUUUGGAACAAUUACAGCUAUUAGCCGGGCUGCCAUUUCGGAUGAAGUUUUGGUCCUUGACCCAGUAGGAACUAUGAGUUUGGUGGUCCAACACACUCACUAUAUGCCUAAGAGAUGGCGUGGUAAGGAAAACAAAGAUGAUGUCCGCUUGGAGUUAGAGACUCUGUUUCAGUAUACUGGGAUGAUGCUAUUGGAGGAGAUAGCUUCGAUCUUCAUCACACCUUUUUUGCUUAUGUUUGUCGUGCCAAAGCGGGUUGAUGACAUCUUGCAAUUCAUCAAGGAUUUCACAGUUGAUAUUGAAGGUGUAGGCCAUGUUUGCAGCUUUAGUGCUUUCUACUUUGAGAACCAUGGAAAUAUCAAGUAUGGUUCACCACGUAAUGCACCGCGUCGUGAGCAGAGAAGCUCACAAGGGAAAAUGGAGAAAUCAUUUUUGAGUUUCCAGAGUAGUUAUCCUACUUGGGAGUCAGAUUCUCUUGGGAAGCAGUUUCUGUCAAAUCUCAGAACUUUCCGGGAUCGAAAGCUUCAUGAAAUCAACACAAGACACUCAUGUUCUCCUAGUAGGGCGUGGCGAGAAAGUACUUUAUACAGAGACAUUCCAAGAAAUCCACCUGCUUGCGGAAAUCACACUGAUUCCAUGUGGCUGAUUGAUUCAGAUCAGAGGAAUCAUCCUUAUCUUCUUGACUGGUAUUACACCUCUCAGGCUCACAACAGAACCGAGCACCCAGUAGAGAGAGAGAACGAAAUCUUAACUGCAAAUCAGAACUCUGCGGACUGUUGGCCUCCUAAUUUGGGAAUCCUUGGUGAAGAUAGCAGAGAUAUGCUCAACAUGGAGGCAAGCACAUCGGGUCAGUUCUUCAGAGAGAGCAUUCUGCGCAAUGACCAACCCGAUGGAGAGGAAAGUUAUGGGAAUCAGCAUCCUCUUGAUGGUAGGAACCAGUGGUGGGGAAGAGGCGACCGCUCUCACAUUGGCACAUCUCAUCCGGCUACCGCCAAUAGCUUCAUUGAGCCACCUGAUUUUAUAAACCGCUACACAGCAGGAAACUUGUUAGACAGCUCAUGGGGCAGAAGAAGCAUUGUUGAAGAAGGAGAUGAAGAAGAAGAAUUGGAUUGGGAAGAAAAUGCAAGAAGACAGUUGUCCAGGACUACAUUCAUGGAUGAUGAUCAUGAUAUUGAAGCUGGGGUUGAUCUCCAUUUCGACGAUGUAUAUAGUUCAAGACCUCAACAAACUUCAUCAUCAAGCACCACAUUAGGGUGAACAACAAUGAAUUUUUUUGAUUCAAAGUUGUUUCUUUGUUUUUUUUUUUUCUAAGGUCGAUGAAGGAAGAUAAAAGAGAUGCUUUCUAGAAAGUGUUCUGUGGUCUUGGAAAAAUGUGGGAAUAAUAACAUGUUUCUCUUUUUUUUAUUAUCUUGUUUCAAGCUAACAUUACAUGCAAUUCUU